GUGUGGCAGCGCACACUUGCGCGGCGCACGUCGCUUGAUCACCGCGCGGUGCGCAGCGCAAGACACCGCCUCACGCACGCACCCGCCGUGCGGCGCACGUCAUGCCAGGCACGGGCUGCGGCAGCCUCGCGCACAGCAGCAUUCGACGCAACGGCUGCCCGGCAAGGAGGAGCCGGAGCAUGGUUGCGGCAGGUGCGGCAGCGGGAUGCGCGAAGGGGCGCAGAGGACGCCUGCGAGAGGGCGCUCCUCGGAAGUUGCACGCGCUCGGCGGUGCAGGCGCAACUUCCGCGGCUUCGUGUUGGACGCGCGUCUUUCCCGCGGCGACGACGCGUCGAGCGCGCCCUCUCGCGGCCGGCCUCAGCGUCAGUCUCGGGCCGGCUCGCAGCAGAGCAUUCCCGCUGCCCUCGCUGUGGCGCCGCUAUCGGGAGAGCAACACGGCCGGCCGAGAUCCGCGCUGAUCCUCGCCGAGGCUGGGUGCGUGCCUUGACACCCGAGGAGGCGCAUCUCGGGCCGCAAAUAGCCAGCUCCGGUCAGGCACACGUUUGCGGUAGCACAGCCUCGGCGCUCUGCGUUACGGCCGAUCGGAGGAUUCUGCACCUGUG